AUGAGCUGGCGCCUCUCUGUCGACGACUCGACCGAGCCCGGCGACGCGCCUGGCGGCGGUGGGUGGGCGGCCGCCUCGCCCUUUGGCGGCGGGCUCGCGUCGCUGCGUUCAAUGACACGCGUUGCUGCAGACGCCGGCAAGGCGGCUGCUCAGCGCGGGCGGGCCGCUCUCAACGAGGACGGCUUGCGCGGUGUGGCGGCCAAGGUGGCCCAGAAGACCACGGCGGUGGCGCGCGAGGGCCUCCAGACGGCGCUCGAGCGCGCGGCUGAGGCUGUGAUCGACUAUGAGGGCGAGGAGGGCGAGGAGGAGGGCGAGGGCGGCUACGAUGGAGACGGCCUUGGUGCCGUCGGCCUUGCCGGAGGUGGCGUCGGCCUUGCUGGGCGCGGCGUCGGCUCCGGCGGCACCGCGGCCGAGCUCGAGGCGCUGCAGGCACGGGUCCGGGAGCUCGAGCAGGCCAACGCCGCACUCUGCGCCGGGCGGACCGUCAGCCCGGCGCGGCCAGACGAGGCGAGAUGGAUGCUCGCGUCGAGGCUCUGA